GCCCCGCCCCUCGCCCCGCCCCCCCCUCCUCUCUUCACGCAGCGCGGCUCCUCCCUCUCUCUCUUGUUUCUCGAUCAUGGCGGCCGGGACUCUCUACACCUAUCCUGAGAACUGGAGGGCUUUCAAAGCCCUAAUCGCAGCCCAGUACAGUGGAGCCAAGGUCCAGGUGGCCUCAUCCCCACCCCUCUUCCACUUCGGACAGACCAACAAGACCCCGGACUUCCUCAAGAAAUUCCCCCUGGGGAAGGUCCCAGCCUUUCAGGGAGACGAUGGUUUCUGUCUGUUUGAAAGCAACGCCAUAGCUCACUACUUGGGCUCGGACGCGCUGCGUGGCUCCUCGAAGGAAGCCGCUGCUCAGGUCCUGCAGUGGAUGAGUUUUGCCGACAGCGAGAUCGUUCCUCCAGCCAGUGCCUGGGUCUUCCCUACCCUGGGCAUCAUGCAGUACAACAAGCAGGCGACGGAGCUUGCGAAGGAGGAGGUGCGCAGGCUGCUGGAGCUGCUGAAUGAGCACCUGAAGAGCAGGACCUUCCUGGUGGGAGAGCGAGUGAGCCUGGCUGACAUCAGCGUGGCCUGUGCCCUGCUCUGGCUGUACAAGCAGGUCCUGGAGCCUUCUUUCAGACAGCCCUUCCCCAACACAAACCGCUGGUUCAGCACCUGCAUCAACCAGCCGCAGUUCAGAGCUGUGCUAGGGGAGGUGCGGCUGUGUGAGAAGAUGGCUCAGUUCGAUGCCAAGAAGUUCAGCGAGAUGCAGCCCAAGAAGGAGGGAGCCCCGAAGAAAGAGAAGGCAAGCAAGGAGGCCAAACCCCAGCCCGAGAAGAGAGAGAAGAAAGCGAGUGCUGCAGAGGAGGAGGAGCUGGACGACUGCGAGGCGGCGCUGGCCUCCGAACCCAAAUCCAAGGACCCCUUCGCUCACCUGCCCAAGAGUCCCUUCGUGCUGGACGAGUUCAAGAGGAAGUACUCCAAUGAAGACACUCUGAAAGUAGCACUGCCGCACUUCUGGGAGCAUUUUGACAGGGAGGGCUAUUCCAUCUGGUACGGGGAGUACAAAUACCCUGAGGACCUGACCCUCACAUUCAUGAGCUGCAACCUCAUCGCAGGAAUGUUCCAGCGCUUGGAGAAGUUGCGUAAGAAUGCCUUUGGCAGCGUGAUUCUUUUUGGAGAAAACAACAACGGCAGCAUCUCUGGCAUCUGGGUGUUCAGAGGACAGGACCUGGCCUUCACUCUGUCUCCGGACUGGCAGAUUGACUACGAGUCCUACACCUGGAGGAAGCUGGCUGUGGACAGUGAGGAGUGCAAGACCAUGGUGAAGGAGUACUUCGCCUGGGAGGGAGACUUCGCACACGUGGGCAAGCCCUUCUGCCAGGGCAAGAUCUUCAAGUGAGGAGCCGGAGAGCACAGAGAACUGGAGGCAUCCAAGCAAGCAGCUGAGCUCCACACGCUGCCCCCGCAGCACAGUAACCACGACUCGCGCUCCACUCCGCCGCCUCCGGGGGGCGCCGCGCUCUGUUUGUUUGUCUUUUUUUAAAGCAGUGGUGGUGUUUAGCAAUUCAAAAAAAAAAAAAAAAAACUUCAAACUGA